AUGGACGAGCAUGCUGGCACCAAGUCCGCCGCAUAUCCUCACGACAUGCAAUGCGAGGUCUUGAAAUUCCGCGAUCGCAACCGCAACAUGUCGCCUUCAUCCACUAAACCACAAUCCGAAACCUCGAAGCUGUGGUUGUCAGAGCUGUCGACAGUGCCCGUACUUGUGCCACCGACCAAGCGCACCUACUCGCAGACUACUGACAGCUCUGCCGACGAGGAUGACUACUCGCAUCCCUCGAAGGUCGGCAAAGUCGCGCAAUCCGCCACCGCUUCGCAUGCACUCAAGCUCAAGAGAACAGCAAGCGCCACGCCGCCCAUCGCCACUUCUCGAGCGACUGUCAAGUCGAGGAUCCCGCGCAGCUCGGCCGCGUCGCCUUAUAACUCGCUGCGUUCUGGCUCUGUGCCUUUCCCAGAUCGUCUCACCAGAAUACCUCGAGUGCCGAGACCUUCUACCUCGACAUCCUCUACCUCGACGGCUUCUACCUCAUCAUCUUCCGCCUCGACUUCUGCCAUCUCAACGGCUAGUGUUGUGCCAGUGACGGCGACUGGGUCACCUCCAACUCCUGUCAGCCCGACGCGUGCGACACAGCCUUCACCCGACUGCUUCCACUGCAAGAUUGCAACCGAGCUGACGGCAAAGGCUGUCCACAGUUCCGAGCGCUUCGAGUCAGAGAAGUGGCAGAUGGCGAAGGCGCAUGAGGAAGCUAUCAAGUCUAAAGACAUCGCACUCGAAGAGGCAGAAGACGCAGUGCUCGCAAAGUCUGAUGAAUAUGACUUAGGGACUGCACUCUUGGAGAACGAAAUUCAGGUAUCAAAGGAGGGACGUGCCAAAGAGAAGAAGCGUUUGGAGGGCAUUCUUACCCAAAAAGAUGUCCAGAUCAGCAACCUCAAGUCUGAGAUUGCCACAAAAGAUCGCACGAUCUUGGACCACGAGCGUGCCAGCUCGGAGAAGGACGAGAAUAUCAUCCAGCUCCAGCAGCAGCUGCAGCAGAAGAAGGAGACCAAUAGCAAGCAGCCCGACACAGUCGAUGGCAGCACGGUCUCUGAACAACAGAACACUGCCGACCACGACGAUCAGAUCGCGAAGCUGAACAAGGGUCUAGAAGACAUCAAAGCGACGCUCAACGCAGUGUCCCAGCAGGUUUUCCAGAAUGGCGCAAACCUGGCUAUGGUGGGUACUGAUGUCCACUUGCUCUCCAAGAACAGUGAACAGCUCGAUGAAUUGCGACGAUGGAAUACGAACCUCGAAGAAACGUGCCGCAACCUCCUGCAACGCUAUAUCGAGAUCACUCAGCCCACCACUCAGCAGCCCAUGAAUCUUUCAACACCCACGCCAACGACCUGGACUCCUGUAGACGAGCCAGGCGAACCAAUGAUUGUCGACGAUGAAGAAGGAAAGGAUGAUGAAGAACCAAAGGUAGCCGAAGUGCCGCUGGACUUCGAUACGCCAAUGCAAGAUGCGCCUCCUCGUCGUUUUGAGACGCCCAGUGCAUCUCGCGGUCCUCGCAUACGCGGUCAACGCCUCUACAACGCGCAGAACAGUGGCGGCUUCUUCAACUCUCCUCAAGGCCCUCAAGGCCCUCAAGGCUUUCCGGGCACCGGUUAUCCUCCUUUUGACACAUCCACUCAGCCACCUCGUGGUCCACGUUUACGCAUACCUGAACCAACUAGAGGCCGGGGCAAAGACCCACAACACAAUAGACGUGGCGCGCAGGCACGUGGUGCUUACAACAACAAUGCCCGCGGCAAUCGUACUGGUCCGGGCAGCACAGGGGGCAAUGGCGGCCCAGACGAUCUCAGCUUCUUCGGAACUCCAUCAGGCCGUGGCCGUGGUAACACCACCGCUCCACGACGCGGCGCCCAGGCACGUGGUGGCUACCAGAACAACGCCCGCGGCAACCCCACUGGUCGUGACGGGGCCAAUCGUAAUAACGGCCCAAAUGCCUUUGGCUGCAUCGGUGCUGCAGGUCCAGCAGCUCAACCUGGUACUCCGCGUGGCUUCAAGGACGCACAAGCAAGCAGUGGUAAUCGAGGCCGUGGCGAUCAUCGUGGUGGCCGUGGUAACAAUCGUGGCCGUGGCGGGUAUCAAGGUGCUGGGCGAAGCAACCCAGGCGACCCAUACAACAAUCGUCAAUACGCCAGCAGCGGUGGCGAUACUUCCAUGCGAGACUAG